AUGAGGGAGGUGACGGAAGAGGGAUCGGAGAGGGGGAGCAGGGGCGUGGCAUCGGUGGAUUCGAUUGAUUCUCGCUGGGUGUACCAGGACGAGGAGGGGUCCGAUAUCGACAACGACGGUGUAGACGGCGGCUUCGAGUCGCCGCUGCGGGAUUCCGACGACGAGGAUAAUGCCGAGCAGAGGCUGAUCCGGACGGGGCCUCGGAUCGACUCGUUCGAUGUUGAGGCGCUCGAAGUUCCUGGAGCUCAGAGGAAUGAUUUUGAGGAUAUCACUUUGGGCAGGAGAUUUGUUUUGGCUUUUCAGACACUUGGGGUCGUUUUUGGUGAUGUGGGGACUAGUCCACUAUACACCUUCAGUGUGAUGUUCAGCAAAGCACCAGUCAAUGGGGAUGAAGAUGUUCUUGGUGCAUUGUCUUUGGUUUUGUACACUUUAAUUCUGAUCUCAUUGAUCAAGUAUGUCUGUAUUGUUCUUUGGGCGAACGAUGAUGGUGAAGGUGGCACAUUUGCUCUCUACUCUUUAAUAUGUAGGCAUGCCAAAGUUAGUCUUCUGCCCAACCAACUGCCAUCAGAUGCUCGCAUAUCGAGCUUUAGACUCAAGGUACCAUCUGCUGAACUGGAGAGGUCCUUGAAAAUUAAGGAAAGACUUGAAGCUUCUCUGACAUUGAAAAAGCUUCUCCUGAUGUUGGUUCUGGCUGGCACUUCUAUGGUGAUAGCUGAUGGUGUCGUCACACCUGCAAUGUCAGUUAUAUCGGCUGUUGGUGGCUUAAAAGUUGGAGUUUCUGGGUUUACACAAGAUCACGUGGUGAUGAUCUCGGUCGCAUUUCUUAUAAUUUUGUUCAGUGUACAGAGGUACGGAACAAGUAAAGUUGGGCUUGUUGUUGGUCCUGCCUUGUUUAUAUGGUUUUGUUCUCUUGGGGGCAUUGGCAUAUACAACCUUCUCAAAUAUGACACUGGUGUUCUUCGGGCAUUCAAUCCAAUUCACAUCUAUUAUUUCUUCCAGCGCAAUUCAACCAAGGCUUGGUACUCUUUAGGGGGAUGUAUUCUUUGUGCGACAGGUUCUGAGGCAAUGUUUGCGGAUUUAUGCUAUUUUUCUGUUAGAUCAGUACAGCUUACAUUUGGGUUGCUGGUAUUACCGUGCCUCCUUUUGGGUUACCUAGGUCAAGCUGCUUAUCUUAUGGAGAACCAUGCAGAUACAACACAGGCUUUCUUCUCUUCUGUUCCAAGUGGAGCUUUCUGGCCUGUCUUCCUCAUAGCUAAUGUAGCUGCACUCAUUGCUAGUAGAGCUAUGACGACUGCCACUUUCUCUUGUAUCAAACAAUCCACGUCACUUGGUUGCUUUCCUCGUCUGAAAAUUAUACACACGUCGAGAAAAUUCAUGGGCCAAAUUUAUAUUCCAGUCAUGAACUGGUUUCUGCUGAUUCUGACCCUUGUGUUAGUCUGCAAUAUCUCAAGUAUUUAUGAGAUUGGCAAUGCAUAUGGGAUUGCUGAACUUGGAGUAAUGAUGAUGACUACAAGCUUAGUGACCCUAGUGAUGCUUCUUAUAUGGCAGAUAAACAUUAUUGUUGUGAUGAGUUUUGUUAUCAUCUUCUUGGGGUUGGAGUUGACCUUCUUUUCUUCCGUUUUGUGGAGUGUGGGGGAUGGGAGUUGGAUCAUACUGGUGUUCGCUGUUGUCAUAUUCUUAAUAAUGUACAUCUGGAACUAUGGGAGCAAGCUUAAGUAUGAAACAGAAGUGAAGCAAAAGAUGUCAAUUGAUGUGCUGCGGGAACUGGGUCCCGAUCUGGGAACAGUUAGAGCUCCAGGCAUUGGCUUGCUUUACAAUGAGCUGGCAAAGGGGAUACCUUCUAUAUUCGGGCACUUCCUGACCACUCUACCCGCUAUUCAUUCCAUGAUCAUAUUUGUGUGUAUAAAGUAUGUCCCGGUAUCUGUAGUGCCUCAAAGUGAGAGAUUCCUUUUCAGACGAGUUUGCGCAAAAAGCUACCACAUAUUUCGUUGUGUUGCCAGAUACGGGUACAAGGACGUGCGCAAGGAAAACCACCAGAACUUCGAGCAGCUGCUGAUCGAAAGCCUCGAGAAAUUCAUCCGCCGUGAAGCCCAGGAGAGAUCCCUGGAGAGCGAUGGCGAUGAGGACGACUCGGAAGAAGAAAACAACUUCUCGAGAAUCCUAAUCGCUCCCAAUGGCAGCGUCUAUUCCCUUGGCGUCCCUCUCCUGGCUGAGUUCAAGGACACAAGCAACUUCAUCUCAGGGGCAACCACACUGCAAGAGGUCGAGGAGGAUCGGGCCGGGGCCCACAACGAGCAGUCCGCUGCUGAUGCCGAGCAGAGCCUCGAGAAGGAGCUCUCAUUCCUGCGCAAGGCAAAGGAGUCGGGUGUUGUCUAUCUCCUUGGGCACGGGGACAUCAGGGCCCGCAAGGAGUCGUGGUUUAUCAAGAAGCUUGUUAUUAACUAUUUUUACGCGUUCUUAAGGAAGAACUGCAGGCGGGGGACGGCAAACCUGACUGUUCCCCACUCGCACCUGAUACAGGUCGGCAUGACUUACAUGGUUUGA